AAGAGUGGUUCAUAUCGUAUUAAGGAAAAAAAUUAUUAAAAAAAAAUUAGAAAAAAGUCCAAAAAAGGAGAAAAUAAACAAAAGUUGUUUGGUGUCUUUGGCUUUUACAAAAAUUAAAACAAAAAUUAUUUGAAAAAAGUGCAUGUGAAAGUGUUUCUUUUUUUGCAAAUAAAAGUGCAAGAAAUAAUUGAAAAAAAUUAAAUUUAUUUAACAAAAUUUUGGAAACAAUUAAAGGAUUUUUAAACUGUUACAUUUUUUUAUUGUAUUGUUCAUAAAUAUUUAAAAACAAAAUGCUCUUAACAAAAACACAAAUCUAUAAAUUACUAUUUAUAACACUGGCUCUAUGUUGUCUCAUAAACAGUGGUAAUGCACGUAAAUUACCGAAAACCCAUACCAAUGUCAAUGGUACAGAUGUUGCAACAUCAGCUAAAGUGGAUAAAACGGAAGUAUCUACAACAGAAACAACAGCAGUAGCAGCAGCAGAGGCCAUAAAAGAAACCGAAAGCAAGUCAUCCGAAGAAGAAGAAGAUGGCGAUGAAGAAGAUGACAGUGAUACAGCUGAUAAAGCCGAUAAUGAAGAUAAUGAUGAAGACGACGAUGAUGAUGAAGAUGAAACAGCAGAAAAAAAUGCUUUACAACCGGCCGCUGAUUCAUCUCUCAGUGUUUGGGGUAUUGUUAGAGGUUUUUGGAAUUGGAUUAGGGAAGACAUAAGUGAAAGCCUAUUUGGUGAUGAUGGUAAAACUACAGCAGCGGUUGGAGAGGGACGUACUUUUGGUAAAAUUCGCCGCUUGCAAAUGGCUCUCAUACCUAUUGUUUUCAAAUUUGGUGUACUCUCCGCCAUGGUGGCCUUCCUAGUAGCGAUCGGCAUGAAAACUCUCUUCUUAGUCAAGGUCUUAGUGGUUAUGAACUUACUGGCACUCUUAGGUAAAUUCUUCACCCUUAAAUCACACUUUGGUCAUGUUGAACAUGUUGCCGCCUCCUCCUGCCCCCACUGGAAUUGGACUCCUUAUGCUAGCAAUGGUUGGCAAUCGUCUGCACCCGUAGAACAUCAUAGCAACAAGGAGAUUCAUUUACACAUUCAUGGUGGUCAAGGACAACCUCAAGUGAGCGGUUAUUCGUAUGGCAGUAGUGCGGCAGCAGCAGCACCAACUCAUGGCUGGGAAAGACGUAAUGAUCCUUAUAGUGCCUAUGAGACUAUGGCUUUGCAGGGUCAACAAAAUGAAUUGGUACCCAACGAAUUGACUAGUUCACCAAAUGAUCAACAGUUUGGUAAUUUCCCUGCCAAUCAUCGAAUGCUUUGAAGAGAAUAAUAGUAAAUAGUAAUAAAUAACUAGAGCUUUAGUUUCUGUACAACGAACGUAAAGUUUGCUUUGCGUUUUUGUAAAACAAGCUUUGAAAUGUAAACUGGUCUUUAGUUAGUAAUUUAUUGUAAUUAAA